AUGGGUGGUUACGAUUUCCCAGGCUCGAACUCGAGUAUUGAUAUGCAUGCGCUGACAGCUAUUAUUUAUUCACUAGCUGUUUUGCGAAUUAUAAUCAUUUUUACGUUUCCUGCUCCACAGGGCAAACGGCUUCUGCUGGUGAAAAAUCCAUGGACGCAUUUGCGCUGGAAAGGCCGCUAUUCGGAGAAAGACUUGAGCAGCUGGACUCCGGAACUUCGCAAGGCUUUAGAUUACAAUCCAGCUGAUGCACAACAGUUUGAUGAUGGUGAGUCUCAUUCAGUUUGCUUAUUGUGUGUACUCAAAAAGUGA